AUGACAACAGAAUAAUUAAGUUCUAAUAAGAAAACAUGGGCUGAAUUAGCAGAAGAGGAAGAUGAUGAAAUUGAAAAUGGUUAAUUUACAACUAAUUCCGAAACUCUAGACAGAAAUGAGAUUCCUUAUCAACCUACUUUGACAAAAUCUAUAUCAGAAUUUUAACCAAAGACAAGAAAUGACAGACAAAAAAAUUAUAAGUAAAGAGACAAUGAUGGUAGUGGUCUAAAAAAUUAUCAAUAAAAUAAUUCACAUUUUAACAAAGGAAACAAUAAACAAAAUAGAUAAACAAAAAGUAAUAAAAAAUUAAAGAUGUAGAUAAUUAUGACGAAGUUUACAAUAUAUUGUUUGAAACAACAAAUUAAGAAAUCCUUUUAAAGGUCAAACCUAUGAAUAGGAAUGAAAACUUAGAGUCUGUUAAGGAAUAUUUUGAAAAACAAUAUUAGAAUAUUAAAGCAUUUCCAAGAAACGAUAUUAAUUAGAUUGAUCUAUUGAUAUCCCCUAAAAUUGGAUUGUAUAUAUUGGAGGAUCAUAGAUUUAAAGUAUUAUACUUAAUAAAUAAAGGCCCAAAUUGGUGAUUCGAUUUUAACAAUUCAUUAUCCAUAGUUCCCUAAUGAACCAUUAUCAGAAUAUUAUGCAAAAAAAAGAUAUUUAGAAAAGGAAAAGAAAAUAAUCUAACCUGCUCUUGUAUUUCAAAGAAAUGCAGUCAGUUCCAAAGUAAAUGAUUAAAAUGAUUGUAAUGAAAAAUCUGAAAAUGGUAUUAAAUAGGAUAUUUAUGACUACAAUAAAAUUGAAAAUGAUCAACCAUAAAUAUAUAAGGAAAAGGACAAUCUAGAAGAUUAAUAAUAUGAAUAAAAAAAUCCAUAAUAUAAUAAAGGAAAAUAAGAUAAAAAAGAUUUUAAUUAAUAAACAAAUUACAAAAAUAAAAAGUAUAAUAAUAAUAAUUAUUAUGAUUAUGAAGAGGAUUUUAGAGAAUACAAAGAUGAAAAGUAAAUUAAUAAUAAAUCUAAUAAAUAUAGAAAUGAAUAAAAUCAACCAAAAGAAAACUAUCAAUCAUAAAAAUAUUAUUAAUAUGAUAAUUAUAAAUAUACAGAUAAGACAACAUCUGAUAAUAAUUUAGUUCCUUAUUAAGAAAAAGAAUAAAAUAAGGAUUAUAGAAAUAAUUAAAAUUAUUAAAAUUAUAAUACAACAAAUAACAAUUACAAUUAUAAUUAAAAGAGAUAAUUCAAAGGAAACAAUAAACAAAAGAAUGAUUAAUAUGUUAUUUAUGAAGAAAAGUAGAAAUCAAAUUCUGAUGAAAUAACAAAAAAUGUGACAACAAAUCCUCAAGAUAAUUUUGAUAAAUAAGUUAAAGUCACUUAAAAUAUUAAUUAACCUAUUUAGUAGAAAGAUGUGAAUGAGGAUUAGAAUGAAGAUAUUCAAAAUGAUAGUGAAAAUGAAUAGAGUUAAGAACAAGAACAAAUUGAAGAAAAUAAAACUCCAAAUAAAAAUAAAAAGAAGAAAAAAAACAAAAAAAAUUUAAAAGUAUUAUUUUAUGUAUUAUUUUAGUCCUUAAAACCAAACGACACUAAUUUUUUUGGAAUACUAUAGAGUGGAACAAAGUGA